CAAAGACACAAAACAACUUUUCAUCAACCAUGUCCAACGUCACCCAAGGAGUCAAGGAAUUCUUCAGCGGUUCCACCAAGCCCGAGACUACAGAAGUUUGCACCGAGUCCGCCCCCGAGGUUGUGCAAGAACAUGUCCGUCCUCAGGAGCACGUCAAGACUGCCGACGCUAUCGACCGUGAGAGACAUAUCCACCACCACCAACACCGCGUCCAACCCGUCGCCGACGCCCAAACCCUCCCCGAAAAACACGUCCACUCCACCGCCCCCGUCGUGCACACUGAACACACCGAAGACAUGCUGCCCGAGCACCAACAGACUUUGCAGCAGCAGCGUGGGCUGCACCAGAAUCAGAAGACGGAGGGUGCUGUGGAGAGGAGUGGGGAGCAUGUGGGUGUUGCGGUGAAUGAGCAUGCGCACCAUCAUAUCCAUGAGACUAUCCAACCCGUCAUCCAACGCGAAACUGUCGCCCCCACCGUCGUCCACAAGACCAACGCCAUCCACGAGACCGUCAAGGAAGCGCCCAUCGUCCACGAAGUUACCACCCUCCCCACCGUCUCUGCGGCCGAGUAUGCACAGACGAGGGAAGAGCCGGGGCAGGGGGUUUGUAGGACGUAUGAGGGGGGACCUGCUGUGGCUGGAUCUGGGGCUGGAGCCGGGGCGGCCGGCGCUGGGAGUCACGGCGCUGGGAGUCACGGUGUAGGCAAGACUGGGACUACUGGGACGACUGGGACUGGUAUUGGCCACUCCUCCCACUCUCCCCACUCUUCAUCAACGACCCCUGGCGUGAACUCCACCUCCGGCACUACCGGUACCACCAGCACUGGCAAGAGCCACAGCAAGACUGAAGCUGCUGCUGCUGGUGUUGCCGCGCACGAGGCCAAGAAGGCGCUCUAAGCGGGCUCUGGGUUGAGUUUGAAGAAAGAUGGAAAGUAGGAAGACGAGAAGAUCAGAAGAUUAGUAGAAGUACAAUCACAUAUCGCAUCAUGUAGCAAUUAGCAACUAUCGAGCAACCUUCCGUUCACACAUCAUAGCAACUCGUCCAUCUUUGAUCAUCUUGCCAGAUCUUGUCCGCG